AUGAUUGAAUCAGUCGUCCAGAUGCCGGGUGUCUUGGACAUCCAUCAAGGCAUUACCUUCUUUGCCGCAGUCUCUGUCUUACUUGUCCUUAUUAAACUUGCAAACAAAACCGACAUUCCAAAGAUCAAAGGCCUUUCGGAGGUUCCCGGCGUUCCUGUCUUUGGGAGUCUGUUUCUUCUGGGGAAGCAUCAUGCACGCAACUGUGCCAAACUAGCCAAGUCCUAUGGCGAUGUUUUCCAGGUUCGCCUAGGGAAUAGGAGGUUCAUCUAUGCAAACUCCUUUGAAGCGGUUAGGGAACUCUGGAUCAAGAACCAAUCUGCCCUCAUCUCUCGCCCCCAGUUCUGGACGUUCCACAGCGUUGUGUCCGAGACUCAGGGCGUGUAUACCCUCGGAACGUCGCCCUGGAGCGAGUCUGUCAAGAGAGCGAGAAAGGCUGCUGCCACGGCUCUCAACCGAAAGGCUGUGCAGACCUACCUCCCCUUCAUUGAUUUGGAGUCCACGACCAGCAUCAACGAGUUGUUCAAGAAUCAAAAGCUCGACGACGACAUUGACCCAAAUGGAUACUUCCAGCGCUUUUCGCUCAACAUCAGCUUGACCCUCAAUUACGGAAUUCGCCUCGAUGGCACGGUGCGCGACCACACCUUGAACGAGGUUGUAACGGUCGAGCGAGAGCUGGGUAAUAUUCGCGGUAUUGCUCAUAACUGGCAAGAUUAUGUCCCUCUUUUGAGACUUUGGCCCGGGUUCAAGAAGAAUGCCAUCAAGUUCCGUGGUCGUCGGGACGAGUAUAUCCUAUCGUUCUACAACCAGCUUAAGGAGAAGAUUGCCAAUGGAACCGAUAACCCGUGUAUUGCUGGCAACGUGUUCAAGGACCCUGACGCCAAUCUCGGCGAAAAUGAACUCAAGUCCAUUUGUCUGACAAUGGUCGCCGCUGGUCUGGACACCCUCCCCGGUAAUAUCAACAUGACAACUGCGUACCUGUCCUCCCCUCAUGGCCAGGAGCUGCAGAAGCGCCUGUACGACGACAUCAUCCGUUCCUACCCGGAUGAGGACCCCUGGCACGCCGUCCUGGUUGAGGAAAAGUCCGAAUUCAUGCGCUGCUUCGUCAAGGAAGUUCUUCGCUACUGGUCCACCCUGAACCUGUCGUUCAACCGUCAGAGCGUGAAGGAUAUCCAGUACAAAGGCGCUACAAUUCCGGCCGGUACACCCUUCUUGAUGAACAUGUGGGCAGCCAACCACGAUGCCGAGCAAUUCAAAAACCCCAUGGAGUUCAACCCAGAUCGCUUCAUGGGCAUCGAAGAGGCCGGCGCAGGCACUCAGCAUUUCGGCUACGGGGCCGGCACCCGCAUGUGCGCUGGAUCCCAUCUUGCCAAUCGCGAGUUGUAUGCCAUCUUCUCGCGACUGGUGCUGGCCUUCUACAUCAAGCCAACAGCCGACCCUAAGAGCCGACCUAACUUGGAUACCAUUGACUGCAACUCGGUUCCAACCAGUAUGGUGACGCAGCCGAAGCCGUUCAAGGUGCGUUUUGUACCGAGGAAUGAGAAGCAGUUGGAGAACUGGAUUAACGAGAGUGUUGAUAAAACUGCCUAUCUGUAA